AUGUCUUUCUCUGGUGAAUUAGAUCCUAAGGUGAUCCCAACUUCCGCUCCUGCUGUUCCAAAGCUCGUCCCUGUUUUCUUUGUUAAUGUCAAGACUAGUCUUGAUCCAGAAACCAUCUUUAAAAAGUCAGCUACUAACUCUUCGUUGACUUUGGCAACUAUUGUCAAUGGUACCGUUACUACUGUUCCAAAUGAUUUGGGAUUAGAGUUUGAAUUGUCCGAUAUCAAAGGCUAUGAUGAUUUGAGAACCAAUAACACUAUUGGUAUGGCUAGAUUAGACUGUAAGUUCUAUGCAAAGACUCCAAACGGAACCGGAGUACACUUCACAUAUCCCGGUGUGGUUCAUUUCACUGAUGAUGUUCUUGCUGUUUUGGGAGGCAAAGCUUCAUCAUGUACAUUUGAAGAUAACUAUGUUACCAACAAUCCAAAGUUUGAGUUUGAUGAUACAAUUGAAGAGAAAUAUAAAUGGGUUGCAAAGGAAAACUUUAUCGGCAAGGGUAGAUUUGCGAGAGGUGAAGAUGGUGCUCUCUACGUCCAAUACUACACUUAUGUUUUACGUUAA